AUGGUGAAGGUUACAAAGGAGGACCUUCAGAAGUUGGAGGUCAAGGAAGAAGAGCAGGAGGAGUUGCUAAAAUACAUUUCAGAUGACAGCGAUGAAGAUGAGGAAUCCCUCACCAAGAAAUUGGAGGCCUUUGAGCCUCUCCUUCAGAUGGACGAUCGAUUCCCCAAUACCGUCAUCAUGGUUGGCGUCCCGCUGGUUGGGGCGGAUCGUUUGGAGAAGUUAACAGCGGUGUUAAGGAAGAAGAUAGCGGAUGAAUUAUCUCGUAAAGGAGGGGAAGAUUUAGAGGCUGCAUUUAAUAUAGAGGUUCCUAUGGAUAGCGAGGGUUUAUUGACUCGUGGUUGUUGUUUCUUAACUUUCCCUAGUGUAUACGCAGCUGCGCAUGCAGCACGAGCACUCAAUGGUUAUAAGAUUGAUAAGCGCCACACAUUUAGAGCAGCAAUGUUGGAUGAGUUCGAUGAGAUCGUUGCUAGAGAUAAAGAUUAUAAACCCUCCAUUACACUCAGAGGGUUUACACGUGAAGACGUCCGUUGGUGGUUAAGCGAUCCUCGUUUCCGUGAGCAGUUUGUUUUACGUCAUGCAUUAGAGACAGAGGUUUAUUGGUUAGAUCCAAUGGAGGGAAACCCUUGUACUCUUUGUUAUGAUGGACAAAAAGAGAAACAAGAUGGCAAAGCUAUCUGGACAGAGCUCAGGGUCCAGUGGUCACCUCAAGGAUCUUAUCUUGCUACCUUCCACAGACAAGGUAUUGCUCUUUGGGCCGGACGUAACUUCGAUAAAAAGGCGAGACUUGAACAUAAGGAAGUGAAGCAGAUAAUGUUCUCACCCAAGGAGACCUACAUGCUGUCUUGGGACGGAACCCCUGCAUCGAUGAGGAACGAGAAGGCGGUGAAGACAUGGAACGUGAUGACAGGUGAAAUGUUGCGGCAAUUCCCCACGCCCGCGGCAACACCUAGAGGGACAGAAUUCCCUCACUUUUUAUUUUCUCAUGAUGAAAAGUAUUUAGCUAAAAUAGGAGACAAAGAAUUAUGUGUUUAUGCCAUGGACCCCAAGGAUAACUUCCCUGAUCAAGUAGCAGAUGAGGAUGUAACCCCUGUGAAGUUGUUGCGUGACGAGAAGGGACACUUCUCUGCCUUGAAGUACCCUGUAGAGAAAUUUGAAUGGUCACCAGGAGACAACAUUGUCUCUCUUUGGAUUAGAGGAUCAGAUGAUACACCAGGUCGUCUGAUAUUGGUGGAUAUCCCCAGCCGUCGUGAAUUAGCGAGCAAGAAUGUGUAUAACGUGAAGGGAGCAGCAAUGCAUUGGCAGAGUAAUGGUGAUUUCCUUUGUUUAAAAACAAUGGUAUUUAAAAAAACAGGAAAAAAAGGAAGAAAAGAAUUUAGUCAACUAGAAAUAUUCAGAAUGAGAGAAAAAGAUAUUCCUGUUGAUAAUAUUCAACUCACCGAUCUCGCCGUACAACUCCAUUGGGAGGAAGGACCCAGCAAGCGCUUCGUGUUGGUCGUCCAAGAGGAGGGAACCAACAACCAGAGCCUGCGGUUCUUCCGCGUCAACGACGCCGCCGAAGGCAAUGUAGAGACGAACAAAAGAGACACAGUAAUGACACAUUCCUUCGAUAUACCUAAUUAUAUGAACUUCCUUAAGUGGUCUCCCUUCGGUUCUUACUUUGUCUUGGCCUCCUUGAGUGCCUAUGGUACCGUCAUGUUCUGCCAUCUUAAUGACCAAGACAAAGUAGAGGGCAAGUUGCUAGAGAAGAAUAAGAAGGAAUUCUUCUAUCAGUUCUUAUGGAGGCCUCAUCCCCCAACUUUGUUGUCAGAAAAACAACUUGAUGAUAUCAAGAAGAGAAUGAAGGAACACAGCAAGAGAUACGAGGCCGAGGACGAGAGGCUGCGCAGUGAGAAACGGCGAGCCUUCUUGAAACAAUGCGAAGAAGAAUGCGAACGCUUCCAGAAGAUACUGGACGGACUGGAAGCCUGGAAGGUCAAGCAUCCCAAGUACGAGGAGUGGUGCCGUGCUCAAGAGGAAUUCGAUACGUGGUUCGAGUGGGAGAUGAAGGAGGAAAUUAUAGAGGAGGAAAUCGAUGUAAAGCAGGAGAUUAUUUGCUGA